CUUCAUUCACCCUGUAGAGAAAGACUGGCUGCGGGACGAGAAGUUGCAUCAAACCCCCCAUCUCUGCAACAGCAGCGCACGCAAACGAGCUCCGAUCGGCGACCAAAAGUAGUCGGGCUACAGCAAGAUGCCGGUGACAGAGAAGGACCUGGCGGACGAUGCGCCGUGGAAGAAGAUCCAGCAGAACACCUUUACCCGGUGGUGCAACGAGCACCUGAAGUGCGUGAACAAGCGGAUCGCCGAUCUGCAGUUCGACCUGAGCGACGGCUUGAGGCUCAUCGCCCUGCUGGAGAUCCUCAGCCAGAAGAAGAUGUACAGAAAGUACCACUCGAGACCCACCUUCAGGCAAAUGAAGUUAGAGAACGUCUCGGUAGCCCUCGAGUUUUUGGACCGGGAAAACAUCCGUCUCGUCUCCAUAGACUCCAAGGCCAUUGUGGACGGGAACCUGAAGCUGAUCCUGGGGCUGAUAUGGACGCUGAUCCUGCACUAUUCCAUCUCGAUGCCCGUGUGGGAGGAUGAGGACGACGAGGACGCUAAAAGGCAGACCCCCAAGCAGCGGCUCCUGGGCUGGAUCCAGAACAAAGUGCCCGAUCUCCCCAUCACCAACUUCAGCGAGGACUGGCGCGAUGGCAAGGCCCUGGGUGCUCUGGUCGACAGCUGUGCGCCAGGCCUGUGUCCGGACUGGGAGGUGUGGGACACGGCCAAGCCAGUGGACAACGCCAACGAGGCCAUGCAGCUGGCGGACGAUUGGCUGGGGAUUCCCCAGGUCAUCACCCCAGAGGAGAUCAUCGAUCCCGGCGUGGACGAGCAGUCGGUGAUGACGUACCUAUCCCAGUUCCCCAAGGCCAAACUGAAGCCUGGGGCCCCCCUGAAGCCCAAACUAAACCCCAAGAAAGCUCGUGCCUACGGCCCAGGGAUCGAGCCUGUAGGGAACAGGGUGCUGCGCCCAGCGACAUUCACCGUGGACACCUACAGCGCCGGCCAGGGUCAGGUCACCGUGUAUGUGGAGGAUCCAGAGGGAACCAGAGAAGAGGUGAAAGUAAUUCCCAACGAAGGCAAGAAGACCUUCUUUGUGACCUAUGUCCCUAAAGUAAUGGGCCCUCACAAGGUGACAGUGCUGUUUGCCGGACAGCAGAUUCCCAAGAGUCCAUUCGAGGUGAACGUGGACAAGGCCCUGGGAGAUGCCAGCAAGGUUACUGCAAGGGGUCCUGGCCUGGAACCGUUGGGCAACGUUGCCAAUAAGCCGACCUACUUCGACAUCUACACCGCAGGGGCUGGCAUCGGUGAUGUCACCGCCUCCGUCAAGGACCCCCAGGGCAGCAUGAACACGGUGGAAACCAUGCUGGAGGACAGGGGUGACAGCAUGUUCCGGUGCACCUACAAACCCGUCCAGGCCGGCCCGCAUGCCAUAUCCGUCACCUUUGGGGGCAUGGCCGUUCCCAAGAGCCCUUUCACCGUCAACGUCGGUCCAGCUUCCAGCCCCAAUGCCUGUCGUGCUACCGGUCGCGGGUUGCAGCCCAAGGGCGUCAGGGCGCACCAAGUGGCGGACUUCAGGGUGGACACCCGCAGCGCUGGCAGUGGCGACCUAAAGGUCGCAGUCAAAGGACCUAAGGACGUAGAUGAGCCUGUCAAGGAGAAGGACAGUCUGGAUGGGGUCCAUGCCUUUGAGUAUUACCCACUUGUGCCAGGCAAGUACGUGGUAGCCAUCACAUGGGCCAGCCAGCACAUUCCCAAGAGCCCAUUUGAAGUCCAUGUGGGUCCUGAGGCCGGUCCGCAGAAGAUCCGAGCCUGGGGGCCAGGUUUGGAAGGCGGCAUUGUGGGCAAGUCGGCUGACUUCGUGGUGGAGUCUGUGGGCUCAGACGUUGGCGUGCUUGGCUUUGCUAUCGAGGGCCCGUCGCAGGCGAAGAUCGAGUGCGAGGACCAGAAUGACGGCUCAUGCGAUGUGAAGUACUGGCCCACGGAGCCGGGCGAGUACGCCGUGCACGUGAUGUGUGACGACGAGGACAUCGAGGACAGCCCCUUCAUGGCCCUCAUCGGCCCCAACAGUGACGGCUGGACCCCCCACAGGGUGAAAGCCUAUGGUCCUGGCCUGGAGAAGACUGGCUGUAUCAUUAAUAAAGUGGCAGAGUUCACUGUGGACACUAAAGACUGUGGGAGAGCACCGCUGAAAAUCUUUGCUCAGGAUGCUGACGGCUCCCCCAUUGACGUGAAGGUGAAGAACAUGGGGGAUGACACUUACGCCUGUAGCUACACCCCCGUCACCGCCAUGAAGCACACGGUGGCCGUGGCCUGGGGCGGAGUCUGUGUGCCCAACAGCCCCUUCAGGGUGAAUAUCGGGAAGGGAAGUCACCCCAACAAGGUGAAGGUGUUUGGGCCAGGAGUGGAGAGGUUGGGCCUCAAAGCCAAUGAGCCCACACACUUCACCGUGGACUGCACCGAAGCUGGAGAAGGGGAUGUCAGCGUAGGCAUCAAAUGUGAUGCCAAUGUUAUCAGUAACAAGGAGGAAGACAUUGACUUUGACAUCAUCCCCAACGCGAACGACACCAUCACCGUGAAGUACACACCACCGGGAGCUGGACGAUUCACCAUCAAAGUGCUGUUUGCCGGGCAGGAAGUCCCACUCAGUCCCUUCCGGGUGAAAGUUGAGCCGUCGCAUGACGCCUCUAAGGUGAAGGUGGAUGGACCGGGCCUUGCCCGUACAGGUGUAGAGUGCGGGAAGCCCACGCACUUUACGGUCUACACCAAGGGGGCGGGCAAAGCCCCCCUGGAUGUCCAGUUCGCCGGCGCUGCCAGAGGAAAGCCCGUCCAGGACUUCGAGGUCAUCGACAACUACGAUUACUCCCACACUGUCAAGUACACGCCAGUCCAGCAGGGGGAGUUGGCCAUUGCAGUUACAUUUGGAGGUGACCCCAUUCCCAAGAGCCCUUUCACUGUAGGGGUAGCAGCUCCACUGGACCUUGGCAAGAUUCAAGUGAAUGACCUGGAGAGCAGGGUGCAGGUUGGCCAGGACCAGCAGUUUGCAGUCAACACCAAGGGGGCUGGUGGCCAGGGCAAGCUGGACGUGAAGAUCAGCAGCCCAUCUAACAAGGCCGUGCCCUGCAUGGUGGAGCCACUGCCAGGGAAAGAGAGCAGCUUGGUGAAAUACAUCCCCAAGGAGGAAGGCGUCUAUGCUGUGGAUGUCAGCUAUGACGGCAGCCCUGUGCCAGGCAGCCCCUUCCCCGUGGAGGCCUCGCUGCCCCCAGACCCCACCAAGGUAAAAGCCUAUGGUCCAGGUCUGAAGGGUGGUCUGGUUGGAAAACCGGCCGAGUUCACGAUUGACACAAAAGGCGCGGGCACCGGUGGCCUGGGACUCACCGUGGAGGGUCCCACCGAGGCCAAGAUGGAGUGCUCAGACAAUGGGGACGGCACCUGCUCCGUGUCCUACCUUCCCACCGAGCCCGGGGAGUACCUCGUGAACAUCCUCUUUGAGGAAGUCCAGAUCCCUGGCUCACCAUUCCAUGCAGAUAUACAGAUGCCCUAUGACCCCACUCGGGUGGUGGCCACCGGACCUGGACUGCUGCGAGGGAAGGUGGGCGAGACGAGCACCGUGAACGUGGAUUGUUCGAAGGCCGGGCCUGGUGUACUCACUAUGGAGGCGACGUCCGACUCUGGCUCCGUGGCUAAGACCAACGUGCUGGACAACAAAGAUGGCACCUACACCGUCACAUAUGUGCCCCUCACUGCCGGCAUGUAUACCCUUCUGCUUAAAUACGGAGGCAAGACUGUGCCCAACUUCCCCGCUAUGGUUCAGGUGGAUCCGGUUGUUGAUACCAGCAAGGUGAAAGUAUUUGGACCAGGGGUGGAAGGAACCGGAGUGUUCCGGGAAGCAACCACCAGCUUCACCGUGGACGCCCGUCCCCUGACCAAAGCUGGCGGAGACCACGUUAAGGCCCUGGUCCGGAGCCCUUCAGGUGCUCCUGCUGACUGCCUGGUGACCGACAACUCUGACGGGACGUAUGGAGUGGAAUACACACCGUUUGAGAAUGGCGUGCACAGCGUUGAGGUGCUCUACGAUAAAACUGCCGUUCCAAAGAGCCCCUUCCGAGUGGAUGUGACGGAGGGCUGUGACCCCACCCGUGUGAUUGCCAAGGGCCCCGGGCUCCAGGAGGCCCUGACGGAGAAACCCAACAACUUCUCCAUUAUCACCAGGGGGGCUGGCAUUGGUGGCUUAGGCAUCACUGUGGAAGGACCAUCAGAAUCCAAGAUGUCCUGCAAGGAUAACAAGGAUGGAAGCUGCAAUGUGGAAUACACCCCUUAUGUUCCCGGGCUGUAUGACGUCAACAUUACGUACGGAGGAAACCAUAUUCCAGGAAGUCCCUUCAAGGUACUAGCAAAAGAUGUUGUGAACCCCAGCAAGGUGAAGGUCUCUGGCCCGGGUGUGAGCUCCGCAGUCCGAGCCAAGAUCCCACAGUCCUUCACUGUUGACUGCAGUAAGGCGGGCGUGGCCCCGCUCUCCGUGGCAGUGAUGGCACCCAAAGGGAUGGCCGAGCCAGUGCAGGUGACGGACAAUGGGGAUGGGACGCACACUGUGGCCUACACCCCAUUGGUGGAAGGACCGCACUCUGUGGUGGUCAAGUAUGCUGACCAGGAAGUGCCUCACAGUCCCUUCAAGUUCCGUGUGUUGCCCACCCACGAUGCCAGCAAGGUGCGUGCCAGCGGGCCCGGCCUGAGCACUGGGCUGCCCGCCAGCCUGCCAGUGGAGUUCACCAUCGACGCCAAGGACGCUGGAGAAGGUCAGCUGUCUGUGCAGAUCACGGACCAGGAAGGUAAACCGAAGAAGGUCAGUAUCCAUGACAACCAGGACGGCACGUACCGUGUGUCUUACAUUCCGGACAAGGUUGGCCGGUAUACCAUCGUCAUCAAGUACGGGGGUGACGAGAUCCCAACCUCACCGUACCGCAUCCGUGCCACCGCAGUCGGUGAUGCCAGCAAGUGUACCGUCGCAGGUACCGGCCUUGGCCCAGUCAUUGGCAUCGGAGAGGAGGUGGGCUUCAUGGUGAACACAAAGGGGGCUGGCAAGGGCAAGGUCUCCUGCGUCAUCGUCACCCCAGACGGAGAGGAGGUGGAAGCAGAGGUCAUCGAGAAUGAAGACGGCACCUUUGAUAUCUUCUACACAGCCCCCAGGCCGGGAACGUACGUGGUCUACGUACGCUUCGGGGGAGAGAACAUUCCCCGCAGUCCCUUUAAAGUCACGGCUAUGGAUGAACCUGCCCUGGUGGCUCAGCAGUCCGUCCAGCAGCAGCAGCAGGCCGCCCCGGGGGCCGCACCCCCUGGCUUCCAGUCCUGGGUGACCGAUGGCUCCAUGCCAGCCAACAACAUAAACGGGACCGGCUUUAGACCGUUUGACAUGGUUAUCCCAUUCGCCUUCAGGAAAGGGGAAAUCACAGGUGAGGUCUAUAUGCCUUCAGGCAAGACUGCCCAGCCUGAGAUCAUAGACAACAAGGACGGGACGGUCACCGUGAAGUUCGCCCCCACGGAGCCGGGCCUGCAUGAGAUGCACAUCAAGUACAACGGCAAUCACAUCCCAGAGAGCCCCCUUCGCUUCUACGUCAACAGCGUCAACAGCCCCAACGUCACCGCCUACGGGCCGGGUUUGGUGUAUGGCACCGCUAACAAGAUCGCCAGCUUCACCAUAUUCACUGAUGAUGCCGGAGAAGCAGGUGGCUUGGAUCUGGCGAUCGAGGGCCCCUCUAAGGCGGAAAUCAGUUGCACAGAUAACAAAGAUGGCACCUGCACUGUGGCCUACUUGCCCACGUUGCCAGGAGACUACAACAUCCUGGUGCGCUACAAUGACAAGCACAUCUCGGGCAGCCCCUUCACCGCCCGCAUCACUGAGGACAACAGGAGGAGGUCGCAGGUGAAGCUGGGCUCUGCAGCCGACUUCUCGCUGGACAUCACAGAGGCGGACCUGAGCCUGCUCACUGCCAACAUCAAGGCGCCGUCGGGCCGAGACGAGCCAUGCCUGCUCAAGAGACAGUCCAACAAUCACAUUGGCAUUUCCUUCAUCCCAAGAGAGGUGGGAGAGCAUCUGGUCAGUAUCAAGAAGAACGGCCAUCAUGUGGCCAACAGCCCCGUCACUAUCAUGGUGGUCCAGUCCGAGAUCGGCGAUGCCAGCAAGGUGAAGGUGUUCGGCAAGGGCCUGGUCGAGGGCCGUACCUUUGAGACGGCCGACUUUGUGGUGGACACGCGGGAGGCCGGGUACGGAGGCCUUGCGUUGGCCAUCGAGGGUCCCAGCAAGGUAGACAUCCAAACAGAUGACCUGGAUGACGGCACCUGCGGGGUGUCCUACUGUCCCACGGAGCCUGGUGCUUACUUGGUGUCCAUCCGAUUUGCAGAGGAGCACAUACCUGGGAGUCCCUUCACCGUGAAGGUGGCGGGAGAGGGACGUAUCCGGGAGAGCAUCAGCCGCCGCCAGAGAGCCGCUUCCGUCGCCUCCGUGGGUAGUGUCUGCGACCUCAACCUCAAGAUCCCAGUGACAUGGUUUCUCCUGGCCAUCUCCCGGGAGAUUCUGUCUCAUGUGGUCUAUCGCUCCUGUUGCUCUCUGCGUCGCCGGGGUGGGGGGGCAGGCGAAUGGGGCACGCCUGGCCAGGAGCCCGUACGCGCUGAGGGGACAUGGAUCGGUGCCGCCCCCCUGGCACGGCCCUCUGGGCUGGAGGAGAUCGACGUCAACGACGUGUCCGCUCAGGUCACCAGCCCGUCCGGCAGCACUGAGCCGGCCGACAUCGUCGCCGUGGGCAACAACACCUACUGCGUGCGCUUCGUACCGCGUGAGAUGGGCGUCCACACCGUGGUCGUCAAGUACAGGGGCCAGCACGUGCCUGGCAGCCCCUUCCAGUUCACGGUCGGGCCCCUAGGCGAGGGGGGGGCCGGGAAGGUGCGGGCCGGGGGACCGGGGCUGGAGAAAGCCGAAGCCGGAGUGCCAGCUGAGUUCAACAUCUGGACGAGAGAGGCUGGAGCCGGCGGCCUGUCGAUCGCAGUGGAAGGGCCCAGUCGAGCAGAGAUCUCCUUCGAGGACCGCAAGGAUGGGUCUUGUGGGGUUUCUUACAUCGUCCAGGAGCCUGGCGACUACGAAGUGUCGGUCAAGUUCAAUGACGAGCACAUCCCCGAGAGCCCCUUCCUGGUGCCCGCCUCUGCCCCCCUGGACGACGCCCGCCGCCUGACUGUUACCAGCCUUCAGGAGUCGGGCCUCAAGGCGAACCAGCCGGUGUCGUUUGCGGUGCGCCUAAAUGGGGCACAGGGCCACAUCAGUGCCAGGGUGCGCAGUCCCUCGGGGACGCUGGAGGACUGCGUGGUGUCUGAGCUGGAGCAAGACAAAUAUGCCAUCCGUUUCAUCCCACGUGAGAAUGGCGUACACCUCAUCGAUGUCAAGUUCAACGGCGUCCAUAUCCCGGGCAGCCCCUUCCAGGUGCGCGUGGGCGAUCCGGGGCAGGCGGGAGAUGCAGGGCUCGUCACUGCCUACGGCUCGGGCCUGGAGAAGGGCAUCACAGGUACCCAGUCUGAGUUCACCAUCAACAACACCAGAGCCGGUCCCGGGUCCCUGACCGUCACCAUCGAGGGUCCCUCCAAGGUCAAGAUGGAGUGCCAGGAAUGCUCUGAGGGCUACAGGGUGCAGUACACCCCGCUGGCACCAGGGAACUACCUGAUCAGCAUCAAAUACGGGGGGCCCAACCACAUCGCAGGAAGCCCCUUUAAAGCCAAAGUGACAGGGUCCCGCCUGGUGAACGUGACCAACGCUAGUGAGACGUCCACGCUGAUGGUGGAGCCGGUGAGCAAGGCGGCUACCCCCACCAGCUACAACGUCCCGUGCCCCUUCUCUGACGCCAGCAAGGUGCUCAGCAAAGGGCCAGGCCUGAGCAAGGCCUUCGUGGGUCAGAAGAGCAGCUUCUCCGUGGACUGCAGCAAAGCUGGCAGGAACAUGCUUCUGGUGGGUGUGCACGGGCCCAGUACCCCCUGCGAGGAGGUGUCCGUCAGGCACAUGGGCAACCAGCUGUACAACGUCAACUACGUGGUCAAGGAAAGGGGCAGCUACGUGCUGGCCGUCAAGUGGGGCGAGGAGCACAUCCCCGGCUCACCCUUCCACAUCACUGUGCCGUAGAGGAGCCCAGAUUGGACGAAGGAAACGGGGGGAGAUGGCAAACCUUUUUUUUUUUUUUCUUUUGGUUUUUCGACUCAACUGUAAUGUUCAUUUGUAAAGCGAAUUGAUGUCAGUCAUUCCACUUUACAUGACAGAUUACGUGCACAAAUCAGUCCCCUUUUUGCCCUGGCUGUGACUUGGCUAUGUCAAGCACGGGGUAUAAAUUGGCAUUCGUCCUCAAGUAAGUUAGAUACUAAGAGCAGAGUGACAAUAUUUGUGUUUGGGGAAAUUUGUAUUACUACUGAUGAGUGUCCAGCUUGAGUUCUGUCUGAUCGCCUACACCACUCAGGCCCUGAAAGGACUCCAUUACUUUGCCUGUGUUACAUAUGAUAAACAUCCCCCCAUUGCUUGAUUUUUACUACUGCGUGAACUGGACCUUGUGUUUACAUUGUACUAAAUAAGAAUGAUGCUUCUUCCCAGAUGAAGGCUAACAGGGUCUUGGCUACAGAUUGUCUGUAUUUGGUGAAACUUGUUCUUCUAAUCCCAGUGUUCUGUGCCAUGUAAGAGAUGCUAGAGGGUGUAGCUACCGGAAGUCGUGACGCCCCUCAGGUUGGUGAAGGCAGCAACGUUUGUUAUCAUGCAAAAGAAAUGGUAACGUUGUGAGAUGUAUGACUGAACUGUCCAUCUCUAUUAAAAUAUGGGUUUAUGAGUAGCUAAGGGUAGCAGGUUGAUUUCCUUCUUUUGCAGCUUCCAUGAGCAGGACCUUCAGCCUGCCUGUGUGGUCAUGUCUCCUAACAGACUCUGUCACUACAUUCUCACAAAUUGAACUGUGUACAAUGAAUCGGAUUAGGUCAAAUAUUCUGGGGCCUUGUAGGAGGGGGAGAAUCAGAUUAACACUAACCAGGUGACAUUUUGAUUUACUGUCUCUUACAUCUUUGAUUCGUUACAUUUUAAAUGUAGAUUUAAACUUUGCAAUCAGUUAUCUUAUGGAUUCUGUCAUCGUGGGCUUACAGAAAACUGCUCUCCAGGUUAAUUUUCUGUCAUUAGUAUUAAACAGAGAGGUGUGGUCAUAGACUCUGGAGAUGUGUAUGAAUCCUCAUAAUACUCCUACUUCAUUAAUGAGACUAGUUUUGAUACACAGUUGACUGGAAAUGUUUUGUACUAGAUUGUUUUAAAAGACGGUAAAUGUGUACUUUACAUUAGCCUCGUGUGCCUUACUGUGAAAUGCGGGCCUGGAAGUUAUGUACAUUUUGGAAAUCAAAGCAAUAACCUGGAAUAAAAUUGUUGAUCUGUA